GGUGUCGGGAGGCGACAUGGAGCAGGGCGCGGUGAGGGGUCUCGCCGCCCGGCUGGGCCUCGCCGAUCCCGGGGUUAUCAGAAAAGCUGAGGAGUAUCUGCGGCUGUCCCAAGUGAAAUGUACAGGAUUAAUGACUCAAAUGACUGCCACAAGCAGCGCUGUGAUGUGCCUGGACCUAGCAGCCAGUUUCAUGAAACAACCAGUUGACAAAAGCUAUUUUGUUAAACUUUCUGGCUUGAACAAGAUGACCUACCAGAGCUCCAUGAAGUCUUUGGAGUGUUUGCUAGAGGUGAACCCCAGACUGGGAAUGCGAGACCUGGCUGUGCAAUUCUACUGCACAGAGGCAGUAAACACCGCUUCAAAAGUACUGCAGAGAUACGAAUCCAGCCUCUCCGAAGCCCAGCGAAUGGAUCUUGAUUUCUCAAAGCCACUUUUCCUAACAGCUGCACUAUUCACUGCAUGCAGGUGUUUGAAGCUAAAAGUGGACAAAAGUAAAAUCUUGGCUGCAUCUGGAGUGAAAAAAGCAAUAUUUGACCGGCUGUGCAGUCAGAUGGAGAAGAUCAGCCAGCAACUCAGCAAAGAAGAUGAUCCACUGUUGGCAGAGACAGCUGAAAAUUUGAACACCAACCUGGAGCACGGUGAGAAGGAAGUUGCAUGCGAAGACGAUGAGGAAGUGCCAUGUAAACGGCCAAAGGCUGAAACAAAGCAGGACUAUGAAGAAUGGAAAAAGAAAAUCCUGGAAAAUGCUGCUAAGGCACAAGAGACAAGUAGGAAUUCUGCCUCUGUAGUGCCACCUAAUAACAUUACAGCUGCUUGGUUGUAAUUUUAACUCUGCUCUAAGAAGAGUUACAGUAGCAGGAGUGACGCUGGCUGGUAGCCAGAGGUGACUUUACCAGAAGCCACGUGAUUAUUUGCCAGGCUGGUACCUGAGCCGCUAUGGCAUUAGGUGAUAGAAUAGCUUCAUUUCUCUUGCUGCAAGAAGCAGGCAGCAUGCUAAUGCUGUGUUAAGUGUAAGUUGCAUGCCACUGUACCCUGGCUGGAAGUAGUCAGUGAACAAAAUGGGGAGGGGACAAACAGUGCCUUGUAAAACUCCAAAGC